AUGACAACUGUUAUUCUGCCACCAGGUAAAAUUCCAUUUGAUGAAACAUAUAUCCUAUACGACAAAAAUGAUAUAGUUGGAAUGAUAUGUUGUAUAUUGGCAUUAACGCCGAUGUUGUUGCUACAGAGUUAUUUAACCUGGCUGAUCAUGGAAAGAGACUUCGAGUCAGUGAUUUUCACUGUUGGACAAUUGUCGAACGAACUAAUCAAUCAAGUCCUGAAGAGAGUCAUUAAACAAGAAAGACCGUUGUACAACGGUACGAUUUCUUUGGUAUUCAAUGGAGUAAGCACCAGCGAUAAUAAUAUACAAGAAAAUAUCAAUUCCUUAAGGGUGUCGUACGGUAUGCCAAGUGCACAUAGUCAGUUCAUGGGGUUUUUCAUAUCUUACUUGGUUCUGAAUAUGUGGUUUCGGUGGAAUAAUAGAUACCAGAUUCAACGUCUUGACCGAAUGAUUUAUUGUGUCUCUGGUUGGCUAUUAUCUAUAAGCGUAUGUUUUUCUCGUUGGUAUCUAGAGUAUCAUACUUGGGAUCAAAUCAUUAUUGGUUACCAAAUCGGUAUUAUAGUUGGAGCAGUAUAUUAUAUCUUUGUAGUAACCAUGUUAUAUCCAACUUUAAAAUCAGUAAUAUCACAUUCUAAAACAUUAUCCACUUGGUUAAACCACUUACGGAUACGUAUUUGA